GGUAGUAUCAGUAUGUGAGAAUGAUUUGUCGCGAACUGAAGAGGGUAAUCGUUGGGGUCGCAGUAAUCUCCUGCCUGUGGCUCCAGGUUCAGGGAAAUGGUCCCAUUCUCCUGGAGGAGAAUUGCGGAGUAGUGCAUCAAUUCGCACAAAGAAUUGUGAAUGGCGUACCUGCAGGGUUGGGAGCUUAUCCAUGGAUGGCCUUUCUGCACACGCCCACCCACUUUAAAUGCGCCGGGUCUCUUAUCAACAACAGGUUCGUUUUGACGGCCGCUCAUUGUUUAAAGGAGGACGCUUUGGAAUUAAUUGUUCGUCUGGGCGAGUAUAACAGAGACACAAGGAUCGACUGUGCGAACCACUACUGCCAGGAUGCCGCCCAGGAGUACGGAGUGGCCUGGGCCAUCAAGCACAAGUUAUUCAAUGAGGAGGACCUGUCCCACGACAUCGCUGUGCUGAUGGUCGACAGGAAUGUGGAGUACUUACCUCACAUCCGGCCCAUCUGCAUUUUCCUGGAUGAGCGAGUGAAGACGCAGGUGGAUGGGUUCAAAUGGUUUACGGCCAGCGGUUGGGGCCUCACCUCCGGGGAGCCCAAUGCCCAGACGAGUCGCAUUCUUCGUGAGCUGAGGAUCAACCGGCGACCCACUGAGGAUUGCAUUAGAGCGCUGAGUCAACGCCUGAUUCCCGAGCAGAUAUGCGCCGGCAACGAUGCAAGUAACUUAUGCCGAGGCGACUCCGGUGGUCCGCAGGGCAGGGUCUUCAAAUACAAUGGCACAGAGCGGUUCACUCAGCUGGGCAUCGCCAGCUACACGACUCCCGGGUGCGUCAAUGUCAGCGUUCUCACGGACGUCAUCAGCUACGGCAAAUGGAUCAAACGGGUGGUGCAGCAUUACACACCCACGAACGAGAUGUAGGAGUCUUCAACUUUUCCCUUAUUUACCAAUUCUACACUAUAUAUAAAUUAAAUAGAAACUGUUUUAAACCUUAUAUUAUAUUUUCCAAGUUAAUUAUAAUAAUAUAUGACAUGGAUUUUAAUAUUA